AGCACAUAGCGUACAGGAUAAUAAACAUAUGACCAGGACAUAUCCUGGAGGAUAUGCUCACAACGCGCAUGACAAGCUAGUGUCAUAAUUUUCAUCCUUUUCGUACCUUGUAAAAUUAAUCAAUAUCCUGAUUUUUUCGCAGACAGAACGGAACCUCUGAUCUAAGCAAACUGUUUCUUCUUCAGGGCCCCUCCAAAACCGUAAACCAUCUGACGAGGCCAGCCCAUCCCCGCAUCCCAAACGCAACUUCCCGUUGGUGAAAGUGGCGCUCGAUAACGGUAUCAAAACGCAGUCCCGAGUGCAUCCGAGUCCAGGCAGCGCUCGCACGCUAGUGUGGGCGCUCCCACUGACGGCAUCAUGCAACAUGGUGACGGAGGAGAACGACGAACAUCCGCACACCGAGGAGGAGAAGACCCCGACCCAGGAGAAGGACAGUAACUUGCUGGUGCGGUCGGACAGUACGGAGAUCUUGAUCCAAAGCAGCAUGGAUGAUAUAUUCGAUGUGAUCAAGGGUGGGGAGUUGGCAGAGGUGGAAAAGCUGGUGGAGAAGGUAGGGCCAGAGGCGUUGAGUGCCCGGGAUAAGCAUGGGUACACCCCGGCUCAUUGGGCUGCUUUGGACGGGAACGUGGAGAUGAUGCGUUACCUGGUGGAACGCAACGCUCCGGUUGAUUUGCCAUGCUUGGGAACGCAAGGUCCAAGGCCUAUCCAUUGGGCUUGCAGGAAAGGCCAUGCAGCGGUGGUUCAAGUUCUGCUACAAGCUGGAGUUGCGGUGAAUGCCGCAGAUUUCAAAGGAUUGACUCCACUGAUGACGGCUUGUAUGUAUGGUAGAACAGCUACCGCGGCUUACUUGCUGGGAAUGGGUGCCCAGAAUCAUCUUACGGACAUCAAUGGCGAUACGGCACUCCAUUGGGCAGCAUACAAAGGUCAUGCCGACUUGAUCAGGCUGCUCCUGUACUCCGGCGUAGAUCUUCAGAAGACGGAUAACUUUGGAUCAACUCCGCUGCAUCUGGCUUGCCUAUCCGGAAAUUUGCAGUGUGUGAAGAUACUCUGCGAAAAGCGCAACCUGGAGUUAGAACCGAGAGAUAAGAAUGGUAAGACUCCGUUGAUGUUGGCGCAAAGUCAUCGCAACAACGAUGUGGUAAAAUUGCUGCACAACGAGAUCAAGAAAAAGUCUCGAUGGAUGCCACCGAUUUCUGAGAUCUGGAGUCUGCUUUUCGGAGGGGCUGGUGCGUCCAAGGGUCCGUUGAUUCUAUUUCUCUUUUCGGUACUGCUUUGGGGAUAUCCUAUGUAUAUGAUCAGGUGCAUCCCGAUUACGUGGAACGUGCUGCGAAGGUCACACUACUGUUUCAUCUACUGGAACGCCGUCAUGUGGAUCAGCUGGAUCAUAGCUAAUCGACGAGACCCGGGAUACAUCCCCCUGAAUUCGGACACCUACUACCGAGCCAUCAAACAGAUUCCCUACUUUGACAAGUGGAAGAAACGUAAUGUGAUCUUGUCACGCCUGUGUCAUAGCUGUCGAUGUCUGAGACCGUUACGGGCGAAGCAUUGCCGUAUUUGCAACCGAUGUGUGUCGUACUUUGAUCACCAUUGUCCGUUCAUCUACAAUUGCGUUGGGUUGCGAAACCGGAUGUGGUUUUUGCUGUUCGUUUUGAGUGUGGCAAUCAAUUGCUCGUUUACCAUCUACUUUGCGUGCUACUGUGUUAUGAUCGAAGGAUUCAGCUUGUUGUACGUGUUGGGACUGGUGGAGGCUUUUGUUUUCUGUGGACUAGGAUGGAUUUUAACGUGCACUUCGAUCCUUCACGCUUGCAUGAAUCUCACCACCAACGAGAUGUUCAACUACAAACGGUACCCGUACCUGCGGGACAAACGUGGCCGCUACCAGAAUCCCUUCUCCCGCGGACCGGUGCUGAAUUUGUUCGAGUUUUUCGUCUGCUUGCCGGAUCGCCAGGACGAGCAGGACUUUAUGCUGGAUGAGAAUCUUUGAAAAUUACCAAACCCGAGCAGCGUGAAAAGGAAACGACUAACCAGCAGCUAAGCAUGCCGCGACGCGCUGAGUUCCAUUUUGCUCCGCAUUUUCUUCACCUCUAGGAUUCGGAUACAUACCUAAAUAAGGCACCAUCAAACAUCAAACCAAACGCGGUUGAUAUCGAAGUCAUUCAAGCUUGGGAAUCGAUGUGAUUCUCUAUUAUGCUUACGCUUGAGUGUCGUUGUCGAAAAGUGUGGGUGCAAUGAGAGAGUGGAUUACAAAUUUGGUUGCUGAAUUCAAUCAAGCUGCGAAAGGAAGUUCUUUCAAAUUCUGACCUAGUCAAAUUGGAGGUCUUGAUUCAUUGGUUAUAAAACACGUUUAUUAUUCCUCCAAUUGUAUGAGUACACGAAUGUUUCGAUUUGCGUUUGCGAUAUAUACUGUUCACUAUUAAUUUUGGCUUUUUUUGUUUGUAUUCAACAUAGUUCCAAUCAAUACAAAUGUUCGAAAAUAUUUCACACGUUUCUAUGACGGUUGAUGUUAAGUUUUCCAAAUGUUUAAAUAAAAGCAGAUGCUUUACGGGAGGAAUGGCAUAUUUGAAUACUUAAAAUCGCG